AUGCAUGUGCUAUGUCAAUGUCGUUUGGCAGGCAAGGCGGGCGCCGCAAGGGGUCGCACCCCAACACCUACACCCAAGAAUGGAGCUGGCGGAAGCGGAAGCGGAACAGCUGGGGCUGGGGUAACAAAUGGCGCGCAGGCAACAACCACCGGCGGUGGGGGAGGUGUUGUUGUUGUUACUGCUGCUGCUGCUGCUGCUACAACUAGUUCUGGAGGCGGUGCUGCUGCUGCUGCCAGAUCCACGCUACAUGCGAACACAACGAUACUGAAAACGGUUUCAGUAUUCCUCGCCAGCGGCAAACGAAACUCGAGCAACCAGUCGAAGGCAGCAGCGGCUGCUUUGCAGAACAAACGGCAGCAGCGCCAGAGGAAAAUGGACGAGCUGAGUGGCAAAAUCAAUCCCAAGCUAUUGGACAAUCUGCGCAAGAAGACGCGCUUCACCAAGGAUGAAUUGGAUGCCCUGUGUCGGAUCUAUCGCAAGCUGGUGUCCAAUUGUCAGUAUGCGGCCAAGACGCUCGCAUCGAGUUCCUCCAGCGCAGCCAUUGCUAAGCCACAUGCCGCCGUCGAGGGUAUUGAUCGCAUUGUGUUCCGUGAGCUGUUGCACAGCACCUUCGACAUUGUCACCGAGGAGAUACUGAUGGAGCGCAUCUUCUGCAGCUGGGACAAGGCACAUGAGGGUCUGCCGCUGCGAUUAGAGGGCUGGCUCAUCGGAUUGUCAACGUUUCUGCGUGGUACACCGGCGGAGCGGGCUGCAUUUUGUUUUCGAGUCUAUGAUCUCAAUACGGAUGGCUUUAUAACCAAGGAUGAGAUGUUUACACUGCUCCGCAAUUGUCUCAUCAAGCAGCCACAGGAUGAGGAUCCGGACGAGGGGGUCAAAGAUCUCGUCGAAAUCGUACUAAAAAAGUUCGAUCUGGAUAAGGAUGGCAAGGUUUCAAUGGAUGACUUCAUGGGCACAGUCGCCGCUGAGCCGCUGCUGAUCGAGGCCUUUGGACAGUGUCUUCCAACUGACAGCGCCGUUGUCUCAUUUUUCUCAACUCUGCAGGUCUAG